AUGCUCCCUCGGCUUCCACUGAAGUCAUGGGCUUCAACAUUGCGUUUACCAAAGUCUACCUUUCCUGCGCGACCCUCAGCAGUGGAUCAAAUACAAUAUUUAAAGCGCUGCUCAGACGAUCUCUACCAGUGGCAGAAGCGUGAACGUUCUGAAAAGGAGCUUUUUGUGUUACAUGAUGGGCCACCAUACGCAAAUGGCGAAUUGCACAUUGGCCAUGCUUUAAAUAAGAUUCUCAAAGAUAUAAUCUGCCGGGUAAAAAUACAGCAAGGAAAAAGAGUUAUAUAUGUUCCAGGCUGGGAUUGUCAUGGACUCCCUAUUGAGCUUAAAGCAAUUGAACGUCAAAAUAAGUUACGUCAAGGAGAUAAUGAGGAACUUAAUUCUGAUAAGAUUCGACAAGCAGCCAGGAAUUUAGCGUCAGAAACAAUCAAACAACAAAAAAAGGGGUUUCGAGAAUGGGGCGUCAUUGCUGAUUGGGAUAAUGCUUGGAAUACUAUGGACUUAUCGUAUACGCUAGAUCAGCUCCGUGUCUUCCAGACUAUGGUCCGAGAUGGGCUAAUCUUCCGACGUAACAAACCAGUUUAUUGGUCUCCUUCCACUCAAACGGCCCUUGCAGAGGCAGAGCUUGAGUACGAAAAUAACCACAGGUCGACUGCUGCAUAUGUCAAGUUUCAGUUGACGACUGUGCCGCAAAUAUUACAUGGAAAAAUAGGCCCAAAUGACACGAUAUCUAUUCUUAUCUGGACAACCACGCCCUGGACACUUCCUGCAAAUCGGGCUAUCGCUGUUAAUUGCAGGAUAGAAUAUUCCUUGAUCAAGCAUAACUCAAAUCUCUUGCUUAUCGCUCAGAGUCGGGUAGAACACGUUCGAAAGGUGCUUUUCGGUGAAGAAAAUGGAGAAGUUAUCGUGAAUUCAGUAAUUGGCAGUGAUUUAAAAGAUGCAAAAUACACUAAUUGCCUCCGAGGCCCGGAAAUCCAGCCCAUCAUACACGCUGAUUUUGUAUCUGCAGAUUCUGGCACUGGCUUUGUUCAUCUUGCACCUGGCCAUGGCCAGGACGAUUAUGAAGUUUGCCAAAAGCAUGGCAUCAAAGCAGUAGCACCUGUAGAUGAUUCUGGACGUUUCACCGCUGACGCAUAUCCCGGUGACCCCUCUGCGCUAGAGGGCAAACUAGUUAUGAAUGAAGGCAGCAAGGAAGUAUUGAAGCUAUUAAAGGAUAAUGUGCUUGCCGUAGAAAAACACAGACAUAAGUAUCCUUACGAUUGGCGCACCAAGAGACCUGUAAUCAUGAGAGCCACCGAGCAAUGGUUUGCAGAUGUUGAAAAGAUUAAAAGCAAAGCACUUGACUAUCUUAAGGACGUACAAUUUGUCCCAAGUACUAGUCGAGUAAGACUAGAAAGUUUUGUACGAGCGAGAAACGAAUGGUGUAUUUCAAGACAACGUUCCUGGGGUGUCCCUAUCCCUGCAUUGUAUACAAAAGAUGGUACAGCAGUCUUAAAUGAUCGUAGCGUUGAGCACAUAAUUUCUGUUAUUAAAAAGAGAGGAAUUAAUGCAUGGUGGACUGAUCCCAUAGAUGAUCCCGCUUGGAUUUUACCAGAACUCAAAGGGCUAGUUACUCGAGGAAAAGACACAAUGGAUGUUUGGUUCGAUAGCGGUACAAGCUGGACUCAGACUUCUGCCCAGGCUGAUAUUUACCUAGAGGGCUCCGACCAACACCGUGGCUGGUUCCAAUCCAGUCUCUUGACCUAUACUGGUAGCUCCAUACAAAAUAGAGCACCAUUCAAGACCUUAAUUACUCAUGGAUUUACCCUUGACCAAGCAGGAAAGAAGAUGUCCAAGUCAAUUGGCAACGUAAUUGCUCCUAGCCAGAUCAUGGAUGGGUCAUUACUGCCGCCUACAAAAUCGAAAAAAGGGCAAUUUCCACCCAACCAAGAACUCGGCGCAGAUGCUUUAAGACUGUGGGUAGCUAGUUGUGACUAUACCGGAGAUGUCGUUGUCGGUCAAGAUGUGCUCAAAUCAAAUCAUGCAGCCCUUCUGAAAUUUCGAAUGAUACUUAAAAUGCUAUUAGGGUCAAUGCAUCCAACAAAUAAUAAGUUGCCUAUCACACUAUUAGAUCAGAUUGCACUCACGCAACUCAGAACUGUCUUAAGCGAGGUUUCUAGGUUAUAUAGUAAUUACGAAUUUCAUAAAGUCGUGGUUGCUAUUAACAGAUGGAUAAAUACUGACCUUUCCGCAUUUUACCUCGAGGCUAUCAAAGACAGACUGUAUUGUGGGGAUGGUGGCAGCGUCCUCUAUGAGGUAUUCCAUACCUUCCUGAAAAUGCUGGCGCCGAUAACACCAUUGCUCGUUGAAGAGGCCUGGAGUCAUCGGCCACAAUGGAUGAAAAAUCAGACAGAAACUCAUCCUUUUUAUCGAGAAAAUUAUCAGCCAAUUCUAGCUAGUAAUUCUAGAGAAGAUGCUAUUAUCGCAUCUGAAUUACCGUGGCUGAUGAAGGCCAAUGCAGCCAUAAAAUCAUCACAAGAAAGAGCGAGGUCACAGAAACUCAUAGGGGCAUCUCUUGAGUCUUCAGUCUACUUAGACCUACCCCCCCCGGCCGUCCUAGUCUUUCAACGAUACAAAAAAGAAUUAGACAGUAUAUUUGUGGUAUCCUCAGUUGAGUUUGGUGCCGGCCCUGAUGCUGAGUGGAAGUUUGACACCAAGUUUGACGCACCUGGUGGUACAGCUACAGCUUGGGUGUUACCCCCAAAAAACAACAAAUGCCUUAGAUGCUGGAGAUAUCUUGCACCGACUCCUGACAAACUCUGCUCUCGAUGCGAACAACUUGUAACUGAUGAUCUAUAG